UCGUAUUGCGACGCGUGCGCGAAGCUGAGAACUACAGCGAGAGAUGUCGGCCUUUUAUUUUGAUUGAAUUCACAAAUCCGCGAGCUCCAUCGUUAAAACGUUCACUCCGUACUGCUCCGUAUUGCUUUCGUAUUUCGUUCAGCAUCUCGUUCAGAAUUGAUUCGGGCGUGGAUGAUGUAGAGAUUCCCCGUUCUCGCCUGCGUGACGUAAACUGCCAGAGAAAUCGAGAGAGACGAUCGAGAUCCAGCCGAUCAAGUAUGUUCAAUCAGAGCAACUCGUUGAGGACGGCAACGUCGAACACGUCGAAUCCGAUGCAAGACUUCGAGGUUGUCUCGCCGCCGGACGACUCGGUUUCCAGCCUGGCCUUCAGUCCGGCGUCCAUACCGCAGAAUUUCUUGGUGGCCGGCUCCUGGGACUGCAACGUUCGCUGUUGGGAGGUGGAGCAAUCCGGCAAGACGGUACCGAAAUCCAUGCAGAGUAUGGCAGCGCCGGUCUUGGAUGUGUGCUGGAGUGACGAUGGAACCAAAGUAUUUAUGGCGGGUUGCGACAAGACGGCAAAGUGCUGGGACCUAGCUACGAAUCAGAGCGUACAAGUGGCGGCUCAUGACGCACCGAUCAGAACAUGCCACUGGAUAAAGGCAUCUACAUAUUCUUGUCUGAUGACUGGUUCCUGGGACAAGACACUAAGGUUUUGGGAUCUGCGCAGUCCCAAACCGGCGAUGACUAUCAACCUACCAGAAAGAUGCUAUUGCUCGGAUGUUGACUACCCCAUGGCGGUUGUGGGAACGGCCGGACGCGGUUUAAUAGUCUAUCAACUGGAGGGCAGUCCGCGCGAAUAUAAACCUGUCGAAUUGAGCCUGAAGUAUCAGUAUCGUUGCGUGGCGAUCUUCAGGGACAAGAAGAAAGUGCCGACCGGCUUUGCGAUAGGAAGCACGGAAGGACGCGUUGCGAUUCAUCAUCUGAAUCUCAGCACAAAGGAGAACUUUACGUUUAAAUGCCACCGGACUAACGGCACGCCCAAUGGAUACCAAGACAUCUACGCGGUAAACGACAUAGCAUUCCAUCCGGUGCAUGGCACCGUGGCGACCGUAGGCGGCGAUGGUACUUUUGGUUUUUGGGACAAGGACGCACGUACCAAGUUGAAAUCCUCCGAAACGAUGGAGCAACCCAUCACACGUUGUUGUUUCAAUCACAAUGGGCAGAUAUUUGCGUACGCGGUUUCUUACGAUUGGUCCAAGGGCCACGAGUACUACAAUCCGGCGAAGAAAAAUCAGAUCUUCCUGAGACCGUGUUACGACGAACUGAAACCGAAGGCUACUCCCUAAGCUGAUGACGAGCACGAACGAAGCGUCGUGAGCGAAACAACAGUAUGAAUCCAGAUGCAAUUACGAGGGUUCGCGUACUUGUGGCCGAUAAAAUCAUGCUAUCGAUACUUUAUACUUAAAAAACUGUUGAUAUGCAUGUAACAUAAAAUACAGUUAAAAUAUAACUAUCGGCUUUUUGUAUAUACAAAUUAUGGCAUAGGGUUGGUACUACAAAACGUGUUUUUGGUAAUGUCAUUUGUGUGAUUAAUAUUUAUCUUCCCAUAUGAAUCCGCGAAUAUUGAUGGAUGUGAUAGAGCGGAUUGCCACGAUUACUCGCAAAAUAAGUUAAUAUUCAAAAAUAAAAGAAUCCUUUUUACAAAAUAUAUUUUUUAACGAAA